AUGUUUAAUAAAUCAGUAUAAUCAAAUAGAACCUUAUUAUCUGGAUAACUUCAUAGAAUAAUAUUGAACAAAUAAACAUAGAGAGAUGAGAUUGAUUAUGUUAGACGAAAGAAUUCAUUAAAAUAACCAUUAAAGGAGCAAAUCAACCUUCAAAAGAGUCAUAAUCACUUUAACGCAAGGAAUUCUAUGGACGGUCUAGAAUCGGUUUUUAGAGUGGAGACUAGCAAAAAGAUCAAAAGCCCAAUAGUUGUAAUACCAAAUAGAAAGCUUUUUGUUUCUAGCAAAAAUAGUAGAAAGAGUCAUUAAUCAGCUAGUCAAGAACCUGGCCCAUUAAUGCCAGGAGUCAAGAAAUCCCUUGAAUGUGGAUAUAGAAUAGUAGUGAAUAAAUCUUCUAGGGUACCUACAAUAUAAAUGGAUGAGGAAGUAACAAAAGAAGAAUCAAAAAUAAUUUCUUCAAAAGACCCUGUCUCUUUUACUGAUUGGGUAGAGAGAAUUUAUGGUAAAGAAUGGUUUUAUUGA